AUGCAACUCAUCACCAUCCUCCCAGUCGUGCUAGCAGGCCUAACCACUGCACUCCCAGCCGUCCUACAAUCUCAGACAAUCACCGACGACAUCAUCUGGAGUGUAUCCAACUUUACCCUUGGAUGUUCCCAAGGCGGCUGCGUCUUCAACUACGACAUCGACGGCAGCCAAAACACAAUGACCCCCAAGUUCCACACCCACUGCGACGGCAUUGCAGACAAGAAGGUCCUCUGCGACGACGAGAACAUCACAACCAUUGUUUCUCCUGCCGGUUACUCUACUGAUGGAAACCCAGAGUGGAAUGUCGAUAUCACCCACACUUGGAGGGCUAGUCUCAGCGACAAUAGCCUCGCGACUUAUUUCCAGCACGGCGCGAAGAAUGUUGCCGUCCCUGACCAUGCUCCGGUUCAGUUUGUUAUGAAGCCUACCCAGGAGUACGGUAUCGCAUAA